AGCGGUCGAGAAGGAGAGGAAUCGUUGCCGACGAAGAUGGGACACAAUCGACGGGACUGCUAGUGCUCGCGCCUCCGAUUCUCGCCCUCCGUUUGUCUUCCGGUGCGCAACGCGACGUCCACUGACGUCCACCGAGUAGCGCGAGCGCCCGUUUGCCGCGCGUAAUCGAGCCGCGCCGGACUCCGCCUCCGACGAUGCGCCGAAGCGCGCGUCAACAAGAUACAAGAGCAACAGGAAUGACGCGCGUCGACGUCGUGGCGAGUGCAACGCGGACGGAUGGUCGAUAACUCGAGGACGCUGUUUCGCGCCGCGCCGACCGGCCGUGGCUUAAAAUGCGGCGAAGCGGCGGAGGAGAUGGACGUGAAAAUCGACGUUGAGUACUGCGGCUCGUGUGGGCACAAGAAACAGUUUCUUCAGCUGGCGGAGGAGAUAAAGAGGAACGUCCCCAGCGCCACCGUCGCUGGCACAGCAGGGAGGCAAGCCUCUUUCGAGGUGCAAGUGAACGAUGAACUGGUGUACUCCAAGCUGCAAACGCUCGCGUUUCCCGACUUCGUCGCGAUCGCGGAUAUGAUCAGAGACGUGUCGGUGGGUAAACCGGUGAGGAGAGUCGACCAGCAACAGGCCGCGGACUGUGUGCUUUUGUAAACGCGUUUUAUUACAGGCCAGGUACAGGAUGGAGAGCUCGCCUUAUUGAUAUUUAUUACGGAAAUAAAAAGUAUUCGCUA